UCAAGUAGGAAGGAAAUAACAAAGAUUGAAAUAUUGGUGUGUUAAACCUGAAAAAUAACUAAUAAUGGCGAUUGGUCUUCACAUUGUUAUGCUGCUUCUAGUAGUAAACAGUGCGGUUUCAAUUGCUAAAGGUUUGUCAACAAAACCAAUGAAAAUUCGCGUCAAUGAAAAUAUCCAGGGCGAUGGUCGAGCUGCCAGCGUUGAAGCACGAAAAGUUAAAAGAUUUUACGAAAAACCAGUUAUGCAGGAUUCAAGUAAAAGUUUCGAAAGUGGAAAAAAUAUCAUCAAUGAGAAUAUUCACGACGAUGGUGCAAAUGAGGGAGAUUCUUGGCAUAAAAAUCAACACGUAAAAAGAGACGGGAACAAAAAGCGUAAAGGUCAACGAAAAGUAAAGGAAAGGCCUCUACUCCCAAAGAAUGUACGCGAAACUCAUGGCUAAAAAUCUGAAAGAACAUAUAUAAUCUUAUAUAUAAUCUUUAAUAUCCAUCUUUACUUAAAAAAUACAAUGG